GAUGGCAACCUAAACUGGAAGGGGUGGGCGGCCGCGGUGCAAGUUCAGCAUGGAGGUCCCUCCUCCAGACUCAGACGCGUGCUGCCACACAAAAGUCACAACAGUCGGCGCCUGACACACAGCGAGCGGCACCACAGACUCCUUUCCGUUUUGAGAGCAGCCCGUCUGGCGGAGGCUUCCUGUAUAGCAAAGCAGCACGAGGGAUGGCCAGCAGCCUGGGAACCCAGAUGUUUCUCCCUGUGGUCCUUCAGCUUCUGAUCCUAGUGAAGGUUUGUGGGUCAGAAGACGCAUGGACUACUUUUGAUUAUGAAGACGAGCAGAACACCAGCUCCAGCACUAUCGACUACAGCCAGUAUGCGCUUGAGUGCCAAAAAGGAGAUGUCCGCAGUUUCAGGGCUUGGUUUUUACCCAUUAUCUACACCAUCAUCUGCCUCUUGGGGUUUAUAGGAAACAUGAUGGUGAUUCUUACUUACAUCUACUUCAAUAGGCUAAAGACCAUGACGGACAUUUAUUUGCUGAACUUGGCUAUUGCUGACAUUCUCUUUGUCCUCACCCUUCCCUUCUGGGCUUCCAGUUACAUCAUCGGCUGGGUCUUUGGCUCGGGGUCCUGCAAAAUGGUCUUCUGUAUUUACAAGCUGAGCUUCUUUAGUGGGAUGCUGUUGCUCAUGUGCAUUAGUGUGGAUCGUUAUUAUGCCAUUGCCCAUGCAACCUCAGCCCACGGGCGCCGGUCUAAGGUAAUCUAUUACAGCAAAGUGUCCAGCAUUUGCCUGUGGAUCAUGGCUUUCCUGUUUGCCAUGCCUGACCUUGUGCACAGUGGUGUUCAGCAAAGAAACAAUGUUAAUAUCUGCAUGCAUACAUCAGAAAAUCUUGUCAACCUUAAAGUAUGGCUUCACAUAGGCCAGAUAACUGUGGGCUUCAUGCUCCCCUUACUGGUGAUGUGCUUCUGCUACUUUGUAAUUAUUCGGACACUGCUUCAGGCCCGCAACUUUGAGAAAAACAAGGCCAUCAAAGUCAUCUUUGCCGUGGUCCUGAUAUUUCUUGCUUUUCAGCUGCCGUACAAUGGAGUCAUGCUAAUGAGAACCAUCUCCAUGUCCUUCAAGAACAACACAAACUGUGAGUACGAAAAGAAAAUGGACAUUGCCGAAGAUAUCACCAAAAGUCUCGCCUUCCUGCGCUGCUGCCUGAACCCGAUCCUGUACGCGUUCAUUGGCGUGAAGUUUCGCAAUGACCUAGUUCGGCUCCUAAAGGAAAUCGGCUGUAUCAGCCAGCAGCAGCUGUUCCGCUACACAUCCUGCAAGCAGAAGAGAUCCUCGCUAGCCAUGGAUACAGACACAACCACCACGUUUGCUGUCUGAGAGUACGGUCCAUUUUGUCCUAUUGUAGCGUGCCAAACUUGACAGCCAAAAAAGGAACAGUUGCAAAUUUGACUUCCAUUAACUGCAGAAAAGAGGAUUUUGAAAUUCAACUCACACCUUUAUAAAUAUUUAUGUAUCCUGCUUACUCUCUGAUGGUUAGUCAUAUACGAGUGACUUUGCAUUCGCUAAGAUCACCUUUAUGUUACAAGAGGAGCUCAUUUACACCAUGUGAAGACUUGGUUGGCAUGGGGAGUCCGGGCUGUUCAGCAGAGACAGUGAUGUGUUGCAUUAAGAGGAAAACAAACUGCGGUAUGUUCGUGGCUUUAAACGACAGUACAGUAUAUGUAAUAUUCUGGUGGUCACUCUAAUGAGAAUGAUGUUCAUUAAGGCUAAGUGCUCAAAGCUUCUCACAAUUGUGGCCAUGGUGCACAGAUAUAGCACUCUUAGUUAUGCAACAGUGCCACCUUGUGGCCUCCUGUAUAUACUCAGAAAAAUAAAGUUUACGAAGGAGCAAAUAUUGAUUGGAACUAAGGUUUGUUAUAAAUAACCACCUGGAAAGUGAAAUGAAUAAUGAAAGUAUACUUAAAUAUAGAUGAUGUUGAAGCAUUGAUUGCACUGAUAAUAAAAAUACAACAUGCUGAUUGUUUAAUUCACCCUGUUAAGUGUAUGAAGCUGUUUAGUUGACUUCCUUAUGCCGAAGAUGUAUUGUUUAUAGAAACUAAUUUUGGGCUCAUUAUUAUCCAUCAUUAAUUCUGAAAAUUACCAGCCGAGCCAUUUAUAUUCCUUUCUAUGAAUGUGCAAAGUAUUGUGAGGUUAUAAAGCUAUUUUUUACUACUCUUAUUUCAACUAAUAAAUA